AUGACCUUCUUUAACUUCUCGCAUUCCAGUGGCAACCGCAAACCCAAGAGCGACAGGCCUCGUCACUCCGCGCCGCCGCCUCAUCCGGCCAAUGGGUAUGGCUACAGCAGGAACGCUUCUUCCACAACGCUACAUCGGCCAAUACCGCCGCCUGUAGCAGCAGUGGGCUACCAGCCGCCUCCUGCGCAAUCUUGGCGGUUUCCACCUGCACAGAAUCCUGCUGCCAUUGCAUCUCAGCCGGCCAUACGAGUGACUCCUCCUUAUGCAGGUUCACCUCCCGCGCACCCAGUUUAUGGGCCCAUGAUGACGAACCAUCCGCAAGCAUGGAAGUCUACAGCAAGCGUGGGUAAUAACGUGUAUCCCAGCCAUGGAAGCAAGUCUUCAAAGUCCAAAUCUUCGCUAAACCUAUCAUCUAUGGUCAACGACCCCAUCCACGCUGCGACCGCGUCCGUCACCACUUUAGUUGAUGUGUGGGACGACAUUAUGGAUUCUAGUGGACAUUUGUACGACCGCAUGUCGAUGAACCUUGAUCGCGUAAUCACAUGCAUGGACGAGGAAAAGUUCAGCGGCAACGAGAAAGAUCUUGAUUUGCUUCCUGCGACGACGAACACAUCGCGGAGUAGUAAACAGAGCCUGGCGACGACGACAUCAAAGGCAAAUCACUUCUCAAAAGUUUGGGAAUACAGUAAUUCCCGGCUUCCACCGUAUCUGCCGCCAGUGAAACUGUACCUCGACACCUGGCCGUUGAUCAGCCUUGCGGCCAAGUAUUCGCUAAGCGUCUAUGAAAAAGCAAAAGACAGCGAGAAGAACGAUCACAUUAAGGGAAACUAUCACCUGGGGACGAAAGCCAUGGUUCUCAAAUCCUUGCCCGUGGACGACAGGAACACGAUUGUUUUCGCUAUCCGCGGCACAUCCACGUUCAUGGAUUGGACUGUCAACAUGAAGCAGGAGCCUGUGUCCCCGGCUGGCUUCCUUGACGACCCGGACAACUUCUGCCAUGCUGGCUUCUUGCAUGUCGCCAAAGCCAUGGUCCAGCCUGUCGCUGCACGACUACGUACUUUGCUGGAGGAAGACCCGUCGCGUGGACUCGCCAGCCUAUUGAUCACAGGACAUUCGGCCGGCGGUGCCGUUGCGCAGCUGCUUUAUUCACACAUCGUCUCCGAGUUGGUCGAGAGCGAGCUCACAUUCCUGAUGAGUUUCUUCAAACGCGUGCACUGCAUCACGUUCGGUGCGCCACCCGUGUCGCUAUUCCCUCUUGAAGCGCCAAAAGGCAAACGUCAUCGCAAGAGCCUGUUUUUUGCGCUGGCGAACGAGGGAGACCCGGUCGUCCGCGCUGACAAGGCCAUCGUCAAGUCGCUUCUAAAGCUGUACGCUGUGCCCGCGCCGAGCGACCCGUGCAAAGUCAUUUGCCCGAUCGUCAAUGCGGUGGCUCCCGGCCUUGUGCCCCCAAGGAUCAAGAAGAUGAAGUCGAAGCAGAACUUGAAAGCUUCGAGCGAAGUCACAAUGUACCCGCCUUGGAAGGUACCCGCAAGUACGCUAAGUCUAGGGGGACGAAUCCUGCUAAUGCGACCGCGAUAUGGCGGAACCGGCCAUGAAGAUUUGGAGUUGUGCGGAGUCACCGAUGAGAUGUUGAGGGACGUGAUCUAUGGCGAUCCAAUGGCGCACGCCAUGAAACUGUACGCGAGAAGAGUCGAGCUUCUAGCGACGAAAGCUGCGACUGGCGGGGGGUUUGGAUGA